UCACCCGCGGUCCGGAGCAAGGAGCAGGCUCCCUCGAGCCCCCGGUAUCCGGUUCUCUACCAGCCCCGCCUCCAGCCCCAGAUCACCCCGAGGCAACUCCGGAGAUUCUGGAGAAGGGAGGGGCCAACCCCUGGUGAAGCCCCAUUCCGUCCGUGCAGCGGUAGCAGGCCUGAGAAGCUGCUGCAAGCACCGGGAGACGCAAUGUCCGGCGAGUCCGUCCGCAGCCUGGGAAAAGGCAGCGCUCAGCCCGGCCCAGUGCCGCUGGGAGUCAUACGGGUGUACAGCAUGAGAUUCUGCCCCUUCGCGGAGAGGACCCGGCUCAUCCUGAAGGCCAAAGGAAUCAAGCAUGAGGUCAUCAAUAUUAACUUGAAAAACAAGCCUGAAUGGUUCUUUAAGAAACACCCCCUUGGUCUAGUACCAGUUCUGGAGACCAGUAAGGGUCAGUUGAUACAUGAAUCUUCCAUCACUUGUGAAUACCUGGAUGAAGUUUAUCCAGAAAGGAGGCUGUUUCCAGAAGAUCCGUAUGAGAAAGCUUUACAAAAGAUGAUUUUGGAGUUGUUUUCUAAGAUACCACCUUUGUCUAAGGAUAUUCUUACAGCAGUACAAAACGGGAAAGACUGCACCACUCGUAAAGCAGAACUCUGUAAGGAAUUCAGCAAACUGGAAGAGGUUCUUACCCGGCAGAAGACAAUGUUCUUUGGUGGAAACUCUGUAUCUAUGAUUGAUUACCUAAUCUGGCCCUGGUUUGAACGGUUGGAAUCAUAUGAGAUAGCUGACUGCGUGGACCACACGCCUGCUCUGAAGUUGUGGGUCACCACCAUGAAGAAGGACCCCACAGUUGAAGCUCUCCUCAUUGAUGUGAAGACAUAUAAAGGCUUCUUUGAUCUCUAUUUUCAGAAUGAUCCUGCUGCCUUUGACUAUGGGCUGUGAGGUGGUGUGUUGGAGCACCAGCUGUAGAAUCUAUUGCUUUACCAUUGGAUGUUUCCAACAUAUCCAUAUAGCAAAAUAAUAGUGUUUGAGCUUGUCUAAGGGCUGAUAAUGCUUAUUUUUUAAGAAGCUCUCAAUAAAAAUCUUAAAAUGUCCUAAAUGAAAUAAAACAAUUUAUUUUCUCCCCA